UCCAUGGAAAGAGCCGAAGAUGUCUGCUCGGUCAUGUGAUCAGCUGUGUCCAAUCACAGCUGAUCACAUGUAAACAGGGAAAUGCCGGUUAUUGGCAUUUCUCUCCCCACGAGCUCAGUGCCAUCUGUCAGUGUCCAUCAGUGCCAGCUCUCAGUGUUCAUCCAAGCCACCUGCCAAUGCCCAUCAGUGCCACAUCAGUGCCACAUUUCAGUGCCCAUCAGUGCCACAUCAAUUCCACAUAUCAGUGCCCACCUGAGCUGCCUUUCAGUGUCACCCAUCAGUGCCAGUCAGUGCCACCUAUCAAUGCCAGUCAGUGCCACCUAUCAGUGCUGCCAAUCAGUGCUACCUAACAGUGCCAGUCAGUGCCGCCUAUCAGUGUGUAUCAGUGCCGCCUAUCAGUGCCCGUCAGUGCUGCAUAUCAGUGCUGCCUAACAGUG